AUGUCACGACGAAAUCAAAUUAAUGAAAGAAAUAAUGAUGAUGAUGAUAAUAAUAAUAAAAGACAUGAUGAAGAUUUUUUUGGUGGACAUAAAAAACAAGAAACAGAUCUAGGUGGUGUUGGUGGUAAAUCAUUAUGGGAUGCUGCUAAAGAUAUUGUUACAAGUCGAGAAAAAGCUGAAACAUUACCAACUGAAUCAAAUACGGUUCUUUUUGUUGGAAGUCGAACUGGAGGUAAAACAACAAUGAUUCUACGAUAUUUAGAAAGAACAAACGAAGCAGCUAAACCAACAAUAGCACUUGACUAUAAUUAUGCCAAAAAACCUAAAACGAUUGAUACAAUAGGAAAAGAUGUUGGUCAUAUAUGGGAAUUAGGUGAUGGUACUUUUCUUACUAAAUUAAUUGAUGUUGUUCUUACACCAGAAACAAUUGGAAAUGCAUCUGUUGUACUUGUACUUGAUCUAUCUCAACCACAAGAAUUAUGGCAUACAUAUCAAAUAUUAUAUGAAGCAAUAGCUAAAAGAGUUAAAUAUUGUAUUAGUGAAGCAGCAAAACAAAAUCCACAUAUAAAAGAUAAACUUAAAGAAGCAAUUCUUAAACGUCUUGGUAAUGCAGUUCGUUUAGAUAAAGGUGAAAUUGAACCACUUCGUAUUCCACUAUUAAUUAUUGGAUCAAAAUAUGAUCAAUUUCAAACUUUAGAACCUGAUGAAAAAAAAUCUAUUAUAAAAACACUUCGUUUUCUUACUUAUUAUCAUGGUGCGACAUUAAUGUCUUAUAGUGAAAAACAAGAAAGUGUACAUUUAAGAGCAAUAAUUAAUCAUUUCUUAUUUGAUACUGCAUUAUCAAAUAAACAACCACAAAUUGAUUAUCAAAAACCAUUAUAUGUUAAAUCAGGUAGUGAAACACCUGAACAAAUUGGUCCACCACCUAUUCCUGAAUAUGAACUUGGUGAUGUACGAGAAAAUUCACCAAUAGCUCUUUGGAGAGCUGCAUAUUGUAAACGAUUUCCACAAGAAGUUGAAAAACGUGAUCCAUCAUCAACACAAGAUUAUGGUCGUGAUCCUCAAUAUGCUGAUGCAUCAAUUGAUGCUAUGCGAGAACAAAAAAUGGCUGAAUUACAACGUUAUCUAACAAUGAAAAAUCGUUCACAUUCUUAA